AAAGUCCAAAAGGCUUAUGCAUUUGAGAUUCAAGAUGUUCCUGUGACAUCAGAGUACCUGGAGGUCAAAUAUUCGGUGAGAGAUGAUAAAUUUUAGGUUAUAACAGAACAAACAUACCGGUAAACCAGUUUUUAGACUUGUGAAAAUAAUUUUUUUUAAGACACACAAGCUUUCCAUUCCAUCUUGGAAUCUUUAUCAAGUGAUGGAGUUUUAAUCUUUCUUUUUUUUUUCAAGUGAUUUAUACUGUGAAUCAGGUGAUGAGCAGUUCUGUAGAUCAUGGGAGCUCAUAACUGGCAUAAUAAUAAUAUUAUUGUUAGAACCCAACAACUGAUUUCAGUGUUGUCCAUGACACUUAAUUUCAACAUGUUAUCUUCCCUUGCAAAUAUUGAGGAGGAGGGAGGCGGCGAUAUCCAGGGCGUGACCUGAAUACUUAAGGGGGUUCCCCCACUGUCUUUGUUGUUGCUUUAGUGUUGGAAAUGUGUUCUCUGAAUCGAACUCCAAAAGGUCAUGUGAUAAUUUGGUUGCUGGAAGUGUUUUUAACAAAGGUCACUUGUUGAAAGAUAUUGGCUCUUUGAAUUUGAUAAAGACAGUAAGGAUAGACUUGAGAAGGGAAGGUGCCAGGAUGGGCUCUAAGUUGUAAAGGAUUAAAAAAGGUUUAAGGUUUUUUUUAUAGUGGAAAGUGCACUUAUCUUAUCCAGCUAGUUUACAGACACUCCACUCAAAUAAUUCUGAAACAAAUAAUGCAAAUAGAAUAUAACAGGAAUAAAAAAAAAAACUUGGAGGAGACAACCUGUUGGCUAUUUACAAGCGUGGCUUAGGAUUUGAACUCGGGACGACCAAGAACAAAUCCAGCAAGUGGCCAAAGUGGGACGCGAACCUCGGGACUGCCGGAUUGGGAGUGUGAUGUGAGGACCACUUGGCCACGCUGCUUCCCCAGUAAGGGUACUAGAAGAGGGGGGGGAGGGGGGGGGGUGAAAGCAAAAGGGAAGGAGGGUCAAUUACAGCAUUGAUGAAAAAAGAGUUAAUUUGUGACAACAUUAUUCAUGACAGGCGGAUUAUCCUCAGUUACCAUCUGAUCUGACUAGUCAAACAUUCAGUCAUGUGUUUGGUACCAAUACAUCAAGGUAAUGAUUCCAAAUUAACCCUUUAAGCCCCAGUAUCCACAUACAAAUUCUCCAAACUGAUCUCCAUACAGUUCCUUAAAGAAUGAGUUGAGAGAAUUUGAUGAAAGAUCAAGACAUUUUUUCUUGGGUGAUCACUUUAUUAAUUCUCAUAACUUAUCUGUUGACAGUGUGUGGAUAUUGUUAGGAGAAAAUUGAUCUUGCUCACUAUUGGCACUUAAAGGGUUAAUGUUUGUUGACUUUGAGAAGUGAACUUGCCAAAGUUAUAAGUAGAUAGUGAAUGUUGGAAAGCAACAAAGAAAUAAUGAUGAAAUAUAACUGCUUGGAUUUUAAAGCUGUAGGAUUUAAACAUUAAAGAAGACAUUAUCAUGAAAUCAACUGUUUCCUAGAGUUGCAAUCUUCUCUUGCCUUUCUGAAAAUGGUAAACAUUAUUUCAUCAGAAUGGAGUUUGGUUUUGUGAUCUGGAGUUAUUUCUCUUUAAAGGAAUCUUUUCGUCUUCUAAUUUCAGCCUUGAACUCCUUCUCCUGAGUCGGAAGAUGAAAGGUCCUUGUUGGCUCAACAUUAAGAUGCCUCGUAAGUCAAAUGGUUAAUAAAACCUCAGUAUGCACCAUUGUAUUAUUGAUGUACAAACUAGCCACUAGCGUAAUAGGAAAUACUGUUGACACUUGUGAUAUCAAGUAACGGUACUUGGUUUAAAGAUAGGCAGGGGCUACAGCUGUAGAUGUCAAAAGUUGCCAGAUAUUGAACAGCUCAGAAGUUCUCUUGGUUUUCUUUUCCUUUUGUUUUCUAUGAAAGAAGCCAGGUGUCAUGCUCAUGGUUGUCAGGGGAAAUCCCUGGUUCCUAGCUCUUGAUGACAGCCUUAAUAUGGUUGUGAGCAGUUUCUUUGCAUUUGGUGGAAUUACCAUAUGAUGUAAUAUAAAAUCACUAAUAAAAUACCCACACCUCAACACAAUAGUUGUCAAUACUCAACAAUGAAAAACAUAACAUUUUAUUAUUGUCCCUGAGUUUUCCUUAUACUGAGUUGUAUGUUGUUGUUGACUGUAUGUGCAAGACUGGAAAAAACUCAAACAGAUAAUUUUUUGCCUUCAUCAGAGCUCCCUCAGCAACCUGUUAGUUGGUGUAAAGUUGAGGUAGGAAUUUUUUUGUUCAGUAUCUGGACAAUACUUUUUUUCAUUAUUUUGUUUUCAUUAAGUGUAACAUCAUUAUUACUAUUUUGCAGGCUGUAGUCACAAAACCUGAUCAUGUUGAAGUAGCAAGUGAACAAAGUCCUCCUCCGCCUAUGGUAAGAUUGUAACAGCAAAAUUAGUGAGCAAGUAAAGAAGAGGGAUGCAUACUAACACUUAGUGCUGCUGGUUUUCAUUGUCAUUUUCAAUAUCAUUAUCAUUAUCAUUAUCAAUAUCAUCAUUAUCGAUACCAUUAUCAAUAUCGAUAUCAUUGUCAUUAUCGUUAAUAAUAUCAAUAUAAUUAUCAUUAUCAUUAUCAAUAUCAUCAUAAUCAUUGUCAAUAUCAUUCUCAUUAUUAUGUUUUUUGUAGGUUGUCAUGAGCCUUAGUUUUAGGACCAUGUUAAACACCAAGACUCACACCCAUGAGGUAAGCAAUGAGUAAAAUCAAGCACUAAAAAUGUCACGUUUUACUAAAUCUGAAAUGCAAUAAUGGGAUGUCUGUUAAGAAUACCUUCAGCAAUGCCAGAGAUGGGCUGCCUGUGAGAUCGACUGCCUAAAAAGUUGGAUUACCUCAAUAGCUGGGUUUCCUUUUAAGAUGAAUUGACUUUGGACCUGAGUUUGUGAUUUGAAAUUAACAAUCAACAAGUUCUUGUGUAGUGAAAAGUUUUUCUAAAGAAGAGGUGCUGCUUAAGAACCUGGUUCUUGCUGAAGAUGGGCUACAAUACCCACAACUUUAGUAUUCCUGCCACCCGCCCUUUUUUCUCAGUGGGAAAAGUAUUUUAGGCCUUGAUGUCCUAGUCAUGCUUANUUCGCGUGCAACCCUAAAAGAUACCUUUACGGCUAAAUAUAAUGGCGUUUUGCCCAGAACACCCAAAGUGAGACCGAAAUCCGAAAUUUACACCCCAAAGCGGGAUGACGAGAACUCCCGCUGCUUUCAUAUGGGAGUCCUUCCCUCCGGGGAAACCCCUCCCCGUUCUGGUGAGAAGAAUUUCCAGGUCAUUUGACUCUUUAUUCUCUGUUGUGGUUUAGAUCUUGGCUGUGUCAGCUCUGGUUCACCAUGACGUGUCCUUAGAUAAGGCUGCUCCAAAACAGAAAUUCCAAUAUCACUUUUGUGGUAAGCUAAAUGAAAUACCUCAUGGUUAGCUCAGGUGCCAUUACAAUCGCCCUCAUACCAAGUGAAAGUAGGGAAACUAAGUUGGAAAUGACGAGAAUGGACGGCAUCCGAGUUCAGAGAGCUAGGGAGCUUAAGCAACGACGACGGUGACGGCAACGAGAACGGCAAAAAAGCAAUAGGUUUAGAUUAACAAAACAACAACUUUGCGCGUGCAUCACGCUUUUUUGUACAUUUUUUUGUCGUCGUUGUACGACUACGACGUGAAAGUGCCUAAUUUCACGUUUUGUCGAGGACGGGAACACAGGACAACAACCUUCUUUUUCUUUUCUUGAACUUUGGUACAGGCCUUCAGAGCUCAACUCCCAAAAAAUUGCCAACAUUUGACAAACUGAACGAGAUGGAAUAAGCGCGAUUAAGUUUGAGGCAGCACGAAUUCACUUUUUAAGUGACGUUUUCGUAGCAUUACCGUCGUUGUUGCUUGAGCUCCCUAGUGAUGGUAAAAUUAAUCGUUUUGCCGUUUCCGCUGUCAAGUCAACUUAAAAUUGUACGUAGUUGUGCAGUGACGGCAAAGAAAUUUACAAAAACGCGUGUUUCACGUGCAAAGUUGUUGCUUUGCUCUCUAAAUCUAUUGUGUUUCGUGUUUUUGUUGCCGUCGCCGCCGUAGUUUCGUUAGGUCCAGCGUCACGAAUGACUCUUACUGCUGUGAAAAUAAAAGUCUACUUUUUAAAUUACGAGUUCUGCGAGAGUUUGUACCGGUCAUCUUUGUUUUUCAGCUGUUAGCAAGCCAAAUGAUCAGAUGUACCCGUAUGACUUUAAAGAUCUUGUCAGAAAAAAGGUAAAGUCGACUUCUGAAUAGGCAAAAGGUAGAGAAUAUUUGGUGUUUUCCACCGAUACAACCAUAAACACUACAGUUUCUACCAAACCCGUCAUUCAACAGACAUUUAUGUCAAAGCGCAAAAUCAGCAUUGAAAAAAUCACCAAAAAUAACUUUUAGGAAAAAAAAAAAUGGGAAGAGGCAUGCCCUCAAUCCCCCCGUGGGUCCCUCAAGGGAACGGUUUAGGUAGGGAUUUAUGCCAAGCCCUUCAAUCCCUGACCCACCGUUCAUUUUACUGCAGUGUUCAGGAAAAGAUACAUUUUUUUUUUAGUGAUCGUAAUGCAUUUUGUUUGGUAUACAGAAUUCAAGCUCUUUUAGAAAGUGACAUCAUUGAAUUAAAGAUUACGAUUUUUUAAAAAACAUGAUUAUUACCACUCAAGACGAAGUAGAUCACUCACCACAAAUAUCCACACCCUGUUCAAGGCUUCCAGUCCAGAAAGACACCCCAGUGUUCAAGACGCAAAAUAUUGAAAUACUGUACCGUAUUUGUAGCAAACCAUUAACGUUGCAUUCAUGGCUGUGAUAUGCAUUGAUGCAAUUUCUUCAGUUCCUUUGGGCAAUAAAAAAAAAGAAAGAAAAAGUUGUUGGAUCAUAACUACUUUUGGAUAGAUUACUAAUUUUAAGGGGUACGUUGACCCCACGGAUUAUCUUUUGCAACGGUUCACGAAAUUGUGUGUGUCUGCGUAAACACUUUUCGUUUUUUUUUUCUGUAGCAAAUUAAAAUGGAGAUCACUGCAUCAGAGAGAGCACUUCUCGGCUUAUUUAUGGCAAAGAUUCACAAAAUUGACCCUGACGUGCUGGUGGUAUGUUUAUUU